AUGCGCCUGCUCGCACGCGCUCGCGAGGUGGCCAGCAGAGUCCAAGUGGCGGUGCCCUCUAGGGCGCCUCAAUCAGAGCUUGAAGUGGCACUGAGACGUGUCACGCACAGCGAUUGUGCGGCCAUCCCUCCAGAGGAUUUGAAGCUGGCCAUAAAUCUGAUCGUGCAGAGUGAAGAUGCCUUGGCAAAAGCCUUGCGCCAUAUACAGGUGAACGUGGCUGCGCCUCCCAACGAAUGGAGGCGCGUGAAUGGUGCGCUGGCGCUCUUCGAAGCGCUGGCAGCACGAGGCAAUGGCCUGGUGGGCAGGUCCUGGUACGAAGUGAAGAUGGAAGCGCGUUUGAAGGAGCUUCAAAACUUCUGCCACGACGAGGACCCCCGGGUGGCCACGCUGAUCCAUCGGGCUGCCCAAGGGGCCAUCCGGGCAGCGGACGCCCUGCACUGGUCCGACGGGGUGCUGGACGACGAGGAUCCAGAGGUUCAUCGCGAAAGUGAGCUUCACUCCGCGCCGGAGUGUACCGGCCAAGGCAGCAACGUGAAGCCAUCCGUCAUCGGCAAGUGUGACGACGCGAAAUCUGGCUCGACCACGCCACACACGCCACGCACACCCACUACACCAACAGAUAUGCCAAAGGAGGCGACAUACGUUCGCUGCUGCUGCUGUUGUUGGCGUCGUGUGCAGGCUGAAGCGACCGGUGAUGAGGAAGAAAAUUCCUUGCUCCGCUAA